AUGGCCAUGGCCAUGGAUUUGCAGUCCCCCGCGACCUCCACAGUUCACCCAUCGCCUGCGCCGUCUAAUUCCCGAGCCGCCUCGAAGGCAAGAUCCAGAUCUCGACCAGCGCGGCGUCGAAGAGACUCGUCUCCGGUCCCGUCCUCCCCACCCGGUCUGCCGACACCCGCUUUCUCGCCGGAAGAUGGACAUACCGAUAUGGAUGAUGAUAUCGUCGAAGAAGAUACACUGUACCCGUUUGAUCCUCGAAGGAUCACGCCCACCCUCCAUGCAUCGCUUGUUUCGGAGAUUCUCAACCUCCGCCGGGAGGUUGACAGUAAAACAAAGGCGAUCGAUUCGCUGGAACAAAGUUUGGAUGAAUCGCGGACAGAGGGCGAGACCCUCAGUGCGAAUUUGUCGCAGGCCACGAGGGAAGCUCGGUCUUUGAAGCAUCAGAUUCAGCUUCUCGAGGGUGGGACCUCGUCUGCAAUGGCAGAGUUGGCCCGCGAACGAGACGAAGCCGUGGAAAAUAUUAACGAUGUGCGCAAGAAAUUUGAACAAGUGCAAAGAAAGGCUCGUGGUCGGGAAGACGAUGCCGAACGAACACAGAUGAUGUGGGACCAAGACCGAGAGAAUUGGGACAAUGAAAGGCGGAAUCUGGAACGGAAAGUUCAUGUGGUGGAGGGCCGUUUGAAGACCGUUCUCAGCGAAGUUGCUGCUGCCCAAGAGGCUAGCACCCGCCAUUCGCAACCGCAAUCGCAAUCCAGCGAACAUGAUGAUACGGCCAAGGAAAAGAGCAAAGGGAGUGACACUGCCAGUGUGGCUUCAAGCAGCCAAGGCCGCCGACGUGCCAGUAUGACCAGCGUGACGACCGACGAGGGAGACGACCAACCCAACUUCCAUAAUGUACGAUAUUCCGUGAUGAGCAUGGCUGCGGGCAAGGGCGACUCCGGGUUAAACCUCGCGCAAGAAUUGGACUUCGAUGAAGAGGAGGAAUUCGUCAUUUCUGAUGAAGAAGAGCCGUCAUCGCCUGGUGCCCUUCCCGAGGAACGACCAUUAUCUAUUCAUUCAGCGGCAUCCUAUGCUGUUUCGUCAAAGGCUAGAAAGAUUCUUGUCCUUCGAAGACAUCUCCGCAACUACCUGUUUUUGAAUACUGCGAUAUGGGAAUUCAAUAUUCGCCCCCCUCCGUCUCCCAAAAUGUCGGCCACGGCAGAGCCAGAGAACGUGCCCGCGUUUGUGGAUGCUGCCGCAUCAACCGAGUUCCCACAUGAUAUUCCCGAGAUGAAGGACACUGCGACAAUUACUGUUGCAGCCGAGAUGACAUCUACUUCAUGCCAGACUGUGGAGGAUCUUCCCAGCGUCACAGAACUGGUUGUUGAGCAGACUCCCAAACCCAACCCCGUCGAAAUGGCAUCGGCAUCCACUCAAACAGAGGACAUCCCUAACGAAGAACCUGCUCCGGUUCCAAGAACUACACUUUCACCACAUGAUAUUCCAUCCGAAAUGGAUGUUCCCAUGAUCACCAUCCACCCACCAGGCUCCGAGCCCCCCUCACCACGAAACAGCGUGGUUCUUCCCCCGCAGACAAAGAAUGCGUCAUGCCAGGCCAGUUUCCGAUCAGUUAUUGAAGGACGCUCUAUCGCCAUACAAACGGAGGAGAUCCGUAUCGAUAACCGACCAGUGAAACUUCCAGCCAGCCUUCUUCCAUCCGCCAUCCCAGACCUACCUACCCGGGCUGAGACUCAAGAUGCUGGUGUUCAACAGUAUCAACCUUAUCGUCCACCAGUACCUCCGCCUCGCUCUGCUAAACGACCGAUGACAGCAGACCGACCUGUAAAACCACCCCGCGCAACCGCAUCUGAACUAUCCCAAGCUUAUCCAGGAAAUAAUGACAAUGGCCCUCUUUCAGACGAUCCUAUGUCCGGGCUUCGACGUCCUUUCCGCUCUAGCAGUCUCUUCGCCGGUUUUGAGCAACUGAGCGACGACGAAGGCGGGGCAAUGGAGCGUGACAUCUUCACAGAUGACGACCUCUUGAACAGACCAUUUGCUUCGUAUAAACUCCGCCGCGGCAAAAUGGUGAACUCCAAGCAAAGAACCAGCUUGGAUGAUAUUGGCCUUCCGGAAAUUGAUGAGCACCUAUCCGACCCCGAGUCUCGACAGUCCAUCGAUACAGAGCGAGCCUCAACCCGCGGCGGCCGAGCUUACGCUUCCAGCAGCAGACAACCCGGUAUGCGCAAGAUGGCCAUGAUAUCCAGCGGUACGGCAGCGCAUCAGAAGACUCGAGCCCGGAGCCCCAGUGAGCCAAGCCUUAGCGGCAGCGCAGGUUCAAGCAUUGCGCCUCCAUUCCCGGUACCGAUCCGGUUGAGCUCUCGAAAGCUCCCAUUGCAUGGCAGCGAUGGUCCUCCAAGCCCAACCCGCUCCGCUGGUCGACAGUUCUCGGAUCGUGGUGCGCGCACAUCACUCCACCGCCGACCAACAUUGCGCCGAGUCCGAUCUGCGGCUGCGAUGUCUCAAAGCGAUCUUACUGAGCGUCCGGAGACACUAUCAUCGCCGACGCGAUCAACCUCUCCGUUCACGGCAGAUAGUCCUACUGCAUACGCCGCAUACCGUCCACCGCCUAUGCCAUUUGACGAUAUCACUGCUCCUCGGGAGCGACGAGCCGCAAAUACCUCUCAGAAACGGACUUCGCACCACCGCGCUGCUGUACCGUCCAUGAACUGGAAUCAUGAGCGAGAGGAUUCGACUGGUGGUGUCCAGCCCACCAGUGUCGUGGACGCAAUUGCCCAAACAAUGGUUGGCGAAUGGAUGUUCAAAUACGUUCGUCGACGAAAGUCUUUCGGCAUGGGCGAGUCCAAGGAACCUUGGGAAGGUAAAAAUCCCGACGAGGUAUCUGCCAACAUCACCAACAGCGGCGUGCGACACAAGCGAUGGGUCUGGCUUGCACCUUAUGAAGGUUCUAUAAUGUGGAGCAGCAAGCAGCCAACUAAUGGGCCUGCCUUACUGGGCAAGAGUGGGCGGAAAUUCACUAUUCAAUCCGUGCUGGACGUCAAAGACGACAACCCCAUGCCUAAGGGCUCCGGCACCCCAGCCCCAUUCAACCGCUCGAUCCUCGUCCUCACACCACAACGCGCUCUCAAAUUCACAGCUCUAACAGUAGAGCGCCACUACGUCUGGCUAACAGCCCUCUCCUUCCUCAGCCACUCCUCGAUAGGUCUGCAUGACCUCGCCGCGGUCCCACCCGCACCACAAGGCGAAAUCGGCUCACCAACACCACCAACAGCCAGCCUCCGCCGCAACCCUAUCCGCGAUUCAAUCCGCGUAGCAAAAGGUCGACCCCGACCCAUGCCCAAGGGCAAACGAUCCUUCGGCAAUACACCUGACCCCGUCCCCGAAAUUCCCCUUCCAACUCCAGCAGACGACGACCUAGCCGCCGACGCACCCCAUGUCCCACGCUUCUCAAACCACAACCGCAAACGCAGCAAUACAAGCACAGUGCCCCGUCCUCCCGCCCUCCACGCUAUCCGUAGCUUCUCCAGCCAAGGAACAAUGGCCACAGUGCCCUCCUCGCACAGUGGCUCCUCAGACCCAUACUUCUCGCCCGCGCCGGUCCCGCCGCCCGUUCUGCCGUCGGGUAUUAGGAGUGGGCGCAGCAGUAUCAGUCGGACUUCCGAGGCAAGUGGACGAGCUUCUAGUACCGGUGCGAGCAAUAUUUUUGAUGUUGGCACGGUGCGUAUGGAGGCGUUUAUCGAUCAUCAUGCUGAGCAAAUUAAUCGGCCGAGAGGUGCACCGUCUGCAGCAUCAACGCGUGGACGAAAGACUUCUAGUCAAUUCAGUCAUGGACGAUUUGACUAUGAUGCACCAUCUAUUGAUGGUGGCAGUGAACUUUCGUUCCGAUCGGAUCCGUUUCGGGGAUUUUAA